AUGGCGGCCUCAUUGAGAAUCCGACGCGCCGCCCGCACCCUCAGGCGCAGCUGGAAGCUCCUGGCAGUGGUGGCGCUGCUCCUCCUGGUCGAGGUGUUGGUGCACGUGCGGCGCUUCGAUGUGCCGCGGCCAUCGACAAACCUCGACCCGCCCUUUUAUGUAGGGUGCCAGGAGCCCGUGCUCAACACGUCGGCGCGCGCGAAUGCGGCGCUGGUGAUGCUGGCGCGCAACGUCGACGUCAAUGAUGCUGUGGGCAGCGUCCGCAACGUCCAGGAGCAAUUCAACCGCCACUUUGGCUACCCCUGGGUCUUCCUAAACGACAAGGAGUGGACCGCCGAGUUCAAGACGAGGGUCGGCCACGCCGUUGAGGCGGGCGGCGGCGGCGCGACGGCUAACUUUGAGACGAUCCCCCCCGACAUGUGGGGGUACCCGGACUGGAUCGACCGAGACAAGGCCAAACAGAGCAUGGCCAACAUGAAGAGCAGGCGCAUCAGCUAUGCCGGUAGCCAGAGCUAUCAUCACAUGUGCCGGUUCAAUUCGGGCUUCUUCUAUGACCACCCGGCACUGCGCGACUACAAGUGGUACUGGCGAGUCGACUCCGACGUACAGUUUACCUGCGCCAUAACGUACGACCCGUUUGUGGAGAUGGAGCGGAAUGACAAGCGAUACGGCUAUACCAUUGCUCUGUGGGAGCUGGGCAAGACGGUGCCUACGCUGUUCCGCAAGCUGACGCGUUACAAGGAGGCGCACAACAUCCCGACGACGUCGCUGUGGACAGCCUUGAUCGACCCAUCGUACCUCCCAUGGCCCAUCCGCCGACUGACGUGGUGGAUCCGUAACCGUGACCCUUACGGCGACCUGUGGAACAUGUGCCACUUCUGGUCCAACUUUGAGAUUGCCGACCUCGACUUCUUCCGCUCCAAGGAGUAUCGCGACAUGUUCCGCUUCCUGGACGAGGACGGUGGCUUCUACUACGAGCGCUGGGGUGACGCACCUGUCCACAGCCUCGCCGCGGCCCUCCUGCUCCGCCCUGAACAGGUCCACCACUUUUCCGACUUUGGCUACGUCCACAAACCCUUUCAGUACUGCACGCACGGUCCAACCGACGAGUCUAGAGCGCGUGGCGAGCUGGUACCCGAUUUUAAGGGUCGAUCUAGAAGUGCAGGUCCGGAGAAGGAGCUGGGGUGCAACUGCAACUGCGAUCCGGACAUCAAGAAAAUUGCACCGACCUGUUUAAACCGUAUUAAAAGUACUGUCAUGUAA